AUGGCUCAGACGUUCACCCGCGACGAGGUCGCUAAGCAUAACACCGAAGACUCGCUGUGGUUCGUCAUCGAUAGCAAGGUCUACGAUGUAACCGACUUCGUAGACGCGCACCCAGGCGGCGAGUCCGUGCUCCGACAAGUCGCUGGCCAAGACGCCACCGUCGCAUUCUACAACCUGCACCGGCACGAAGUACUGAGCAAGUACGAGGACCUUCACGUGGGAACACUUGAGGGCGAGAAGCCGCAGGUUGUGACGCCGAAGCCGGGAGACCUUAGCCUAGUGCCAUACGCGGAGCCGCUCUGGCUCGCACCCGCGUAUAAGAGUCCUUACUACGGCGAAAGCCACAGGCGGCUACGGAAGGCCAUGCGCGUCUUCGUCGACACGUACAUCACGCCGGAGGCGCAGGCGCGCGAACUCGACGGCAAGAAGAUCAGCCAGGAGCUCGUCGAUCGCAUGUCCAAGGUCGGAAUGCUGCACAUGCGCCUCGGCCCCGGUAAGCACUUACACGGUGUAGACCUACUUGACGGCGCCGUCAAGGGCGAGGAGUUUGAUUAUUUCCACGACUUGAUCAUGUCGCAAGAGGGCGUGCGCGCGAACGCGCGAGGCUUCCAAGACGGGCAGCUGGCCGGUAUGGUUAUUGGGUUGCCCUGCGUGAUGAACUACAUGAAGGACCAGAAGCGCAAGAAGGCGAUUAUGGACGAGGUGUUCAGCGGGAAGAAGUACAUGUGUCUAGCCAUCACCGAAGCCUUCGCCGGCUCGGAUGUCGCGGGUCUGCGGACGACCGCUACUAAGACGCCUGAUGGCAAACACUACAUCGUCAACGGCACCAAGAAGUGGAUCACCAACGGCGUGUUCUGCGACUACUUCAUCACCGGUGUUAAGACGGAUAAGGGUCUAAGCGUGCUAAUCAUCGAGCGCGGAGAGGGUGUCGAGACUAAGGCUAUCAAGACCUCGUAUUCGCCCUCCGCCGGCACCGCGUACAUCACCUUCGACAACGUCAAGGUCCCGGUCGAGAAUCUCCUCGGCGAGGAGAACAAGGGCAUCUACGUGAUCCUCAGCAACUUCAACCACGAACGGUGGACCAUGGCCUGCGCCACAAUCCGCCAAUGUCGAAUAAUCGUCGAAGAAUGUCUCAAAUGGUCUCACCAGCGGCUCGUCUUCAACAAGCGUCUAAUCGAACAACCCGUGAUCCGACAAAAACUCGCCAAGAUGAUCGCGCUGAUCGAAGCGAACCAAUCGUGGCUCGAGACCAUAACUUACCAAAUGUGCAACAUGCCAUAUAAGCAGCAAGCACAACACCUAGGCGGGCCCAUCGGGUUACUAAAAAUGAGCAUCACGCGCGCGGCGCACGAGAUCGCCGACGAGGCCGUCCAGAUCUUCGGCGGGCGCGGGCUGACGCAGUCGGGUAUGGGCAGGGUCGUCGAGAUGUUCAACCGCACGUACAAAUUCGACGCCAUCCUCGGUGGCUCCGAGGAGAUCCUUGCCGAUUUAGGUGUUCGCCAGGCGAUGCGGCAGAUGCCUAAUGCGAAGCUAUGA